AUGGCAACCGAAACUUACGGACAUCGGCUAUUGUACUCCGAGAAGGAUAUAUUUUCGUCUGACGUCAUGUUGGAGUAUUCGACGGAGGACUGUUAUCUGAAUUGGCCAAGGUCGCCCGAUUCUGGGCGGUCCAGCUUGGAGCCGACCCCAUCGCUGGAUGGAAGUCACGAGUCCAAUCACAUCGCGUACAGAGGAUUGCCCAACGAUAUUCUAGAAGAUUCUGAGGAUGUGGACAUGGAAGGUUCUGGCAAACGUCGUGGUAGAGCAACCAGUGCUGCCGUGUUAAGAAGACGCCGCUUGGCUGCGAAUGCUAGGGAGAGGCGGCGAAUGCAGAAUCUCAACAAAGCCUUCGACAGACUCCGAGGGCAUCUUCCUUCACUGGGAGCUGAUCGCCAACUCUCCAAGUACGAGACCCUGCAAAUGGCGCAGACCUACAUCGCGGCAUUGUACGAACUUCUGCAGUAA